UGUUCUGAACAAUGCACCUGCCUCUACAGCUCUGUCUUUGUGUUUUGGCAGUUUCUAACCUUCACAAGUGUUUGCUCGACGUUUGUAAACAAGAUAGUUAUGAGCGGAAUAACGAUUGAAAAAACGAAAUACGAAUGCGCACAGCUACCGAAACGAUUACCGAGGGAAGAGAUGUUACGCAAAACAGGUUUACAAGUCGGGAAAGUUGACUUGUAUUAUGGCAGGAGCGUGAGGAACGAUGCUUCGCUGGUUCCGCCUAUAAGGCAAACUGCGUCUAUUUUCAAGCAGCCAGUUACCGUGUACAAAACUCAAGAAAGCAAAGUCAAAUCGGACUAUAAAAAUGGUAAUCAAGAAAAGCCAAAGCAGUUGAUAUGGGAGAAACGAUUAGAAGGGUUAAGAGCUUGCGAUAUAGAUGGGACAGAGUUUGAAGCAAUGCAGCUUCCUAAAGGUCUGAAACCUGUGGGGCCGCAUGUGACUGAAGACACUAUUAUACAGAGCGUAGCGACAGCUUUGCACGCCUCUUCGCAACCCGUUACAGGACAAACAGGCACUAAGAGUUCGCUAGAAAAAAACCUCGGAGUUUUCCUUGAUCCAAAACAGCCCUUAGUACAAGCAGUUAACAUAUGCGAUGAGGAUAUCAAACGACAGGAGGAAAGAGUGUCCUUGGCAAGGAAAAAAUUACAAGAUGCUUUAAAACAAGGGCAGUAAAUAAUAGAGACUCUUCUGGUUAAAUUGUUCAACAGUGUGUAUGGGUGUGUGUUUUUUUAUGUACUCUAAGAGGCGUAAUAAAUUCUGAUCUGGUGUGAAUAGAGAAGUUUUCAAUUUCACCACUUUAUUUUAAAUAUUACAAUGUAAAGAAAUUCUAUGGAUACUAUUUCACAUACUUUCUUCUGUAUGUCAUAGUCAAUAAGAUAAAAUAUGAAUACUUGUAUUUCACAGACUUUCUUUAAAUCUCAAUCAAUAACGGGAAGGUAGUACGUCUACAUUGUUAUUUGUAUUAGGAAGUUAAUUACCCUAUAAAUUAUACCUGAAUAGUCAGAAGCUCGCGCCCAAUAAAAUAUUUCUUACUUAAAAUCAGGAUUUUCCGUCUGUCUUCAAGAGUUUCUUGAUAAUUUAAAGAAGAAUAAUUACUGCGAAAGUAAGUUUUACAGCUCCUUAAAACCUGUUAAUUAUAAAUUGAAAACAGUUUAUUUGUGUUUAUACGGUAACGGCAGUCUGAAUUCUUUGACAGCUAUCGUCUAUUAACCACGUAGCGAAUUCAUUUUACCGUGUGUGUGUUAGGUAGGUACGCAAACCGAAUCGAACGGAUGUAACCAAUUUGUAUCGUGUUUUGUUGGCGACCGGUUUGUUCAUUUAUUUAUAACAAAGUGGAACGCCAAAUUGGUUUCUAUUAUAAUUUCGUAACCUAAAGCUAUCUGAACACUUUUUUUAACGAAAAUUUUAAAUCGAAAAAGAUCAAGUGCUUAUCUGCGUUGUGCUGAAUGUUUGGAGCUUUGUAAAAUUGGUUUCGCCGCGUCGAUAAAUAGGAAGCAUAUUUCCAUUUUAAUA